AUGGUGAUAGCGACCCAGCUCCGCAAAGCCAGCUCAAGCAGCAGCAUCGGCGAGGACAGCAUCGACGCCAAGUUGGCGGGCAUGUUCCUGGAUGCGCCACCAUCCACCCACGAUGACGAGAUCCCGACGGAGCAGAUUGGAAUAACCGUCCGUCGUACGUUGGUCUCCGCAAACUACGAGGCGCGUGCAAUCGUUGGACUUUCCGAGUCAAUAAACGCGCUCUCGAAGACGCCGGAGGAUUUUCUUUUCUGCUUCCUGGCCACAUCCGGUACCGAUGGUAGCGCUCCGGGCAACCACAUGCAUCAGGUGUUGCUGGAGGCGUUCUGCUUCGAGCACGACAUUUACAUAAUCAAGGUUGAUAGUGCGGAAAAAUUAAGCCGUAUGCUCGGUGCCCACCGGGUCGAAUCGUGUGCCUUGGUGCAGAAGGGCUGGAAGGAUAUUGCCACUGCAGCCGAGGAUCGCCUGGUCGACUACUGCGAAGAGCACUGGGACAAUCCGGUCAAGCCGAUCGUCAAAUUGCCGGAAAAGUAACAUCCCGCCUGAACCGGACCGAACCGAUCAUCGCGACCCAAACAUGGAAAGUGAUGAAAAGUGUGGAAAAUAUUACAAAAAAAAAAGAGUGCUCUGGAGAUCCAAUGAAAGUGGCCUCCUCAAUCAGCACCUCUUCUCCCCCCCACUCCCACCGAGCAAACAUUACCCCCCUGAAGGACAAGAAAUAUGUUUCGGGGUUUAGUUUGGCGAACAUGUGGGAGAUGUUGUUUCAGAUCGGAAUAACGAUGGCUCGGAAGUGACGAAUAAUGUGGAACACAUGUGGCGUGGCGUGGCGUGUUCCGUAGUUGUUUCGAUCGGUGUAUUGAAGAGCACAAACUCUGGACCCAAGUUAUGAACAUAGAAAUAUGUGCUCUGUGAAGUGUGACUUUAUGCAGUGAAACGACCAUCGAUGUCGUUGUAGACAUCUCGAUAGUGGAAUGGAAUUAUUAUUGAUGGAUACUACAAAAUCUAUGGAACAAGUGUCAACAC